AUGCUGUCCGCUUCUCCGACCGGUUCUCCGUACGAGUCCAUGCUCGAAAACCCAUUUCCGGCCGCUUCCACGCCGUGGGAAUGCCAUGAUUAUCACAACCACGGCUUCUUGCCCGGUUUUUUCCAGAUGCCGGAACAACCCGAAUUAUUGGACGUUCUCCAGUCACCAAACCCAGUGAUAUCGAGCUCGAGCUCCGAAAACCGAGAUGAACCGGAAGCGUUGGAUCCCGGUCCAUGUGAACCGGACCGGAAAGUUGAGGUGGUAGACGAGAGAAAACGACGGCGUAUGGAGUCUAACCGGGAGUCAGCAAGGCGGUCCCGUUUGCGUAAACAGAAGCACUUAGAAAAUUUAAGGAACUUGGUGAACAAGCUGAAAGUAGAAAACCGGGAGCUAUCGAACCGGUUGCGGUUCACGAUAUAUGAAGUGAACCGUGUACGGACAGAAAACGACCAUCUGCAGACAGAACACACAAUUCUGAGGCGGAAACUAAUGUGCAGCCGACAACUAUUAAUUUUCCGGCAAUACCAACGACAAUUGGGUUACAACGCCUUUGAAAAACCUCCAACAAUCUCCCAAUCUCAAUCUCAAUAUAUCCUUAAUAACAACAACAACAACCUUAUUAAUUGCUAA